GUUUCCUAGGCCCUGUAUAUAUGCAAAAAUCUCAUAUUAAUUCCAGUAAAAGUUAGUUGUAGAAUCUUAACUUUUAAAUAUGUUGUUGUUAAGUUAUUGUGCUGAAAUAAAAAUAAAUUUGAAUUUAUAUUUGAAUUUUAAGGCAAAUGGCUGGAAACUCAGGUGGAACCUGUGGGAACCUGCCUCGAUAUGAAGCCGAGACCGGUAAACUGAUAAUUAUUGCUACAUCAAGCUGUGUGCUGUGCUGAAAUCUGAUGCUGAUGCCAAAAACACAGGACUGAAUUUGCUGUCAUGGAUCCUGCUUCAAAUGUAUCAAUAGGGAAAGAAACAAAAAAAUGCACAGAAUGCUCAAGGUCGUUUAGAAAUUGCGAAUGCAAGUCAUGCUCAAAAUGUGGAUGUAUUUUCAGAAAAUUCACUGGAACAAAUUUGGUUAAAGGGAGAUCACACUGUCGAAUAUGUGGCUCUGCUGUUUGUUUAACCUGUCACAUGUUGGCACAAGGGAGGAAGAUCUGCACCAGAUGCCACUUGAAGCAAAGGGAAGAUGAGUUGAGUAAGGAAAAGGCGUUGAUUGCAAUCGAACAGGCGAAAUACGGAAAAGGUGGAGAAGAAAGCACGCUGUAUUCCCGACUGACGAGUGGUGAGCAGAGGGAGAAUGUCUUGUUUGAUGCUACUAAGCAUGGCGAUGAUCAUGUGCUGGUUACUAUUUUGGAUUUGGGAGUAGAUGUCAACCUAACAGAUAGCAACAAAAACACUCCAUUAUUUUACGCGGCAGAGAGCGGUCACGUGACGUGUUGUGCUCUGCUUUUGGAACGAAAGGCCGAUGUAAAUGUCACUAACAGCUGUGGAUGGACUCCGCUUCAUGCAGUGGCUUGGAAAGGUUCGUCUGAUAACCACAUUGAUUGUGCCGAGCUUCUACUCGAAGCAGGGGUAAGCGCUCUGGCAGAAACGGUAACAAAUGAGACCGCUGCGGACCUUGCGGAACGCUGUGGGGGCAAAGAAGAAAUCAUUGCUAUGUUGAGAGCUGCUGAAGUUGAAAUUUCUGUAAUAUACUUGAAAGAGAAAGUCCAGGCGCUUCAAGGACUCGGUACGAAAGAUCGGAAAGUCUGGAGAAUGGUGACAUGCUUGUUGAACCACGUGUCGAAGAAGCAGCUUCACGAAAACGAUAAAGGUGUUGAAAGAAAGAUGAAAGAGAGAAUUGCUGUGCCAAAUGAAAGCAUAUUCCGCACUGCGUCCUUAGACAGGAAUUACGGCAAGAAGAAUUUGUGUCAAAAGUGUGGAGGAUUGGUUUCUCCAAUGAAAAAACAAUAUCCGGGGAAUGUCGAGUCUCUGAAACCGAUGACUGAUGUAGAGCAAAUAUUAAAAGCAAACACAGCCAUUCCUGAUGUGGAAAACGAACAAGUCCAGCUAGAAGGCUUGGACUCAGCAUCUUUGAGAGAUCGACUGAUAAAGUCGGAAGCAGAGAAAAAAGACUGGGAAAAUCGGUGCAGGAAACUCAUGCAAUCUGUGGCCACAAACAGCAAGGAAUAUCAGAGGGCCAUGGAACUAGCUAAAGACGAAAUAGCCCGACUAAAAGAGGACAAGGAAGUCGAAAUUAAAAAGUGUGAAGCUUCGUUUGCAAAUAAAUUGGCAAAGGUUCGUCAAGAAGCUGAUACGACCAUUUGGGAUCAUCAAAAACAAAUCGAAGAAUUAGAACAAGCUAAGCAGGAUUUAUCACAUCUGCAAAAGAAUCUUAAGCUGACGUGGGUUCCUGAUCAACUUGUAAGGAUAUGCCAGAACCAUAAAUGCAGGUUGCCGUUCAGUCAGACAAAUCGAAAACAUCACUGCCGCUGUUGUGGAAGAGUGUUUUGCCAAAGCUGUUCCGGACACAAGCUGUGCAUUGCUACGUUUGGAUAUAAUUCUCCUGUUCGCGUCUGCGGUGGAUGUUACGCUCUAAUUGAUGACUGCUUCAGUGAAGCAUGUCCUUCUGGAAACGAUUCCUAGCUAACGUAUUUAAUCGAAGAUGGAUAUCUCUAUAAACUACCAACAUCUUUUGUCUCCCCGCAUAUUGUUACCUGCACAUUGCUACAUCAUUCAGUUCUGUCAUGUCAUUUCUCACCAAACGAUAUCAUAAUUUAAUUUAAAUAAACGAUAUUUUAAUUUUUUUUAAAGUUGUCUUCUCGAUGCAAGACAAUUCACCUCGCAAAAGCUGUGAUUUUUUUGUGCAUAUUAUUUCUCACUAAAAGUAAGCCUAGAUCUACGCAGAAUGCUGGAUGUAUUAUGCAUGUCAAUAAUCAUAAACGUAAGCAAAAAACCUUUGGAAGUGUGCUGUUUGCUCCAUGACGUUUCUCGCCAAUAAUUUAACGGUUAACCUUGCAAAAUGUGUGAAUUAAGCCUAUCAUUAUUUAGAAACUGUUCUUUUUGCAUAUUGUUUUAUGCCGUUUUUCACACAAACGUAAGUCUAUACAAUACAAAAGUAAGGAUAUUUGUUCAGUUUCAUUUUCCACUAAAUUUACGCUUUCAACUUUGCAAAAAAUAUGAUAUUUUUAAUGUCUUUCUUCUGAAAAACUAAGCCUUACUUUUUAAAAACUUGUAUUUUCGAUGCAUAUCGCUUUCAACCAAAAAGUAAGCUUACACAAAAUUUAAUUUUUUAUGCCUUAUUCAAACCUAUAUCCUUACCAAAAAAGCAUUUUUGAUGCAUUUCAUUUUAUACCGAAAAGCAAGCCUUGCCAAAGUGUUAUUUUUCUGUGCAUCUUAUUUUAAGAAAAAAGUAAGUCUAUCACAUUGGUAGAAGCGUUAUUUUAUUACUUUUUAUUUUACAAACAAGAAAAGUCUAUCACAUAAGUAAAAGCGUAAUUUUUCUCUUCAUCUAAUUUUUGCAAAAAAGGUUAGCCUAUUAACCUGCAAAAUGUGUGAUUUUUUGUCAUCUAAUUUUUACAAAAAGGUAAGCCUAUUACCUUACAAAAAGAGUGAUUUUUUGUCAUCCAAUUUUUGCAAAAAAGGUAAGCCUAUUACCUUACAAAAAGAGUGAUUUUUUGUCAUCCAAUUUUUGCAAAGAAGGUAAG